AUGGCGUCGUGCGGGGCUUUCCACAGCUUCCUCUUCGAGUACGACCCCCGCAUCGUGCUGAUCCGCAGCCGCAAAGUGGGGCUCAUCAACCGCGGGGUGCAGCUCGCCAUCCUCGCAUACGUGAUCGGGUGGGUCUUCCUGUGGCAGAAGGGUUACCAGGAAACAGACUCCGUGGUCAGUUCUGUAACCACGAAGGUGAAAGGAGUAACCCUGACAAACACAUCCACCUUGGGAGCCAGGAUCUGGGAUGUAGCCGACUAUGUCAUCCCUCCUCAGGGUGAGAACACUGUGUUUGUCAUGACCAAUGUGAUACUGACGCUGAACCAGAGCCAAGGCCGCUGCCCAGAGCUGCCAGAUGAUAAAACGGAGUGCCAGGUGAAGAACAACAGCUGUUUUCCAGGAUAUGUCAGCACCCACAGCAAUGGCAUCCAGACUGGGGAGUGUGUUUCAUACAACAGCAGCAUUAAGACCUGUGAAGUCCUUGCAUGGUGCCCUGUGGAGGAUGACAGUCACAUACCCAAGCCAGCGUUCCUACAAGCAGCUGAGAACUUCACCCUUCUGGUGAAGAACAACAUUUGGUACCGCAAGUUCAACUUCAGCAAGCGAAACAUCCUCCCCACUAUCAACUCCACCUACCUCAAGGACUGUAUCUAUGAUGCCCACACAGACCCCUUCUGCCCCAUCUUUCGUUUAGGGCAAAUAGUUGAAGCUGCAGGGCAGGACUUCCAGGAAAUGGCUGUGGAGGGUGGAGUCAUGGCACUGCAGAUCAACUGGGACUGCAACCUUGACAGAGCUGCUUCCCACUGUGUGCCAAAAUACUCCUUCCGGCGCCUCGACAACAAGGACACUGCCCACACCGUCUCACCUGGCUACAACUUCAGGUUUGCAAAAUACUACAAGAAUAGUGAUGGCACUGAAUCACGGACGCUUGUCAAAGCUUUUGGCAUCCGCUUUCAUAUCGUAGUGUUUGGAAAGGCAGGAAAAUUUGAUGUAAUUCCCACCAUGAUUAACAUCGGCUCUGGCUUAGCGCUGUUUGGUGUGGCAACAGUGCUGUGUGACAUUGUUGUUCUGUACUGCAUGAAGAAGAGGUACUACUAUCGGGAAAAGAAAUACAAAUAUGUGGAGGAUUAUGAACUGGGAGUCGGUGAGACAUACGGAACCAACUCCUGAGCUCCUGCUGCUGGGCACCAACUGCUGCUCUGAACUGCUGCUGUGAACCUUACUUGUCCCUGUUGGGAGACCACCCCCUCUUCACUGGAAGGAAGUGGGG